AUGUCUCAAGAGUGCAGCACGACCAAAGGGCUUCAACAAGGUCCGACUGUUAAGGAAAGAAAGUAUGAUCGCCAGCUUCGCCUUUGGGCUGCCUCUGGCCAAGCUGCCCUGGAGUCUGCAAACAUCCUUCUUGUCAAUACUUCCCCCGGAACGGUUGGCAUUGAGACUCUCAAAAACUUGGUUUUACCCGGUAUUGGAAGAUUUACCAUAGCCGACGAUGCCAUUGUGCAAGAGGCAGACCUUGGUGUCAACUUUUUCCUCGAUGAAGCUUGUCUAGGCAAGUCCCGAUCUCGUUGUUGUACCAAGUAUCUUGUUGAGCUCAAUCCCGAAGUUUCAGGCCAAUGGUUUCCAAGAGAAAAUAAUCCUUUUGACCUCGAGGAGCUUACAGCCUCUUUGGGACCAUUCACCGUCAUUCUCUAUACUUUGCCUCUCCAGAAGGAUCGACUUUGCUUCCUCGAGUCGUAUGCUGAGCGGCAGGAGAUUCCACUCUUCAGUGUUCAUAGCAUAGGCUAUUAUUCAUACUUCACACUGAAACUGCCGGGGCGUCUCCCUAUUGUCGAUACUCACCCAGGCGAGGAUGCAACUGCGGACUUGAGACUGCUGAACCCAUGGUCAGAGCUGUCCAUGUUUGCGAACCGGUUGACCAAGGACAUUGAUAAGCAACCUGAUCAUGAUCACGGCCACCUACCCCUUGUUGCUAUUCUUCUUCAUUACCUCGAAGACUGGAAAGAUUCACAUGGAGGCAAUCCGCCAUUGACCUACUCUGAUAAGUUGGCAUUUCGAAAUUUGGUGGCGAGUGGCGCCAGGCGGAAUAAUCCUGAGGGAGGAGAAGAAAAUUUCGAAGAGGCCGUUGCAGCAGUGAUGAAACACGUCACACCAUCUUCGCUACCAUCUUCCCUGAAGCAAGUUUUUGAUUCUAUCAAUUCAACAGAGGUUUCGCCAAAGGAGAACUUCUGGAUCAUUGCAGAAGCCGUUAAACAAUUCUAUGAAAAGCACCAUGAACUUCCACUACCUGGAGGCAUACCCGAUAUGAAGGCCGAGUCUAGAAUGUACAUCAAACUCCAGUCUCUGUAUAAGGCAAAAGCACGGCAAGAUGUCGGCGAGAUAAUCAGCAUUGUUCGUACCCUGCAAGGUGGCACGGAUGUUGCGCAAGCUGAGGUAGAGUUAUUUUGCAAGAAUGCGAAAUUUAUAAAACUACUGCAAAACACGGCAGAUUUACCAACUAUCGCCCAAAUCGUCGGUAUGUGCAAGUAG